AUGGUCCAUGUAGCUAUGCUCUCCACCGCGUUUGCUGCGGGCGUCGGCCUUGGGUACCUGGCGACGACGUACCUGCCGACGCUGCGCCGGACUGCGAGCGCCGUGGACCUCUCUACCUUUGAGAUUGAGCGCAUCACCAAGGUCUUUGACAAUGAAAUGUGCAUCGUGGGUACUCUUCGCGGACGCCCGAGCGAGAAGAUGCUGCUCGUGCUCCAGAAGCAAAAGUUUGCGGCCGGCGACGCGUGCCAGAUCCUCGCCAACCUCUCGCUCAAGCAGAUCCAUGCCAACGACGUCUACUCGAACCAUAUCGGCGUGCUCUCUGGCGACAACGACGCGCUGCGGGUGACGAUGAUCUACCCCGCGACGCCUGCGCACAUUGCCAAGCACACGGAGCAGACGUUCCGGUUCGUCACCGAGACGCAAUCGCUCUACGAGACGGUGACGCGCCCGUACAUUGAGAGCAUUCCGAAGGACAAGAUCCAGUGGGUCUACAAUAUCCUCGACCGCACGCAGGAAGCCGACAAGAUUCUUCUCGAGGACAACGACCCGACCACCGGCUUCCUGCUCUUGCCCGACACCAAGUGGUCCCGCUUUACGCACAUGGAGAGCUUGUACGUUUUGGCGCUGGUGCUAAACAAGUCGAUUCGGUCGGUGCGCGACUUGACGGGCGACCACCUCCCGCUGCUCCGCAACGUCCGGGACCAGAGUCUGGCGCUGAUUGCGACCAAGUACGGUGUUGAGCGCAACAGCAUGCGCAUUUUCGUACACUACCAGCCGUCGUACUACCACUUUCACAUCCACUUUGCCCACAUCAAGGUGCCCUUUGGCAUCUUCACGGGCAAGGCGAUCCUUCUCGACGACAUCAUCUACAACUUGUCGCAGGACGCGGCGUACUACCAAAAGGCGACGCUCUCGUUUGUGGUCGGCGAGCAGCAGCAUGCGGCGCUCUACAAGGCCGUGGUCGCCCAUCAAGAGUAGGUAGAUAGAUACCUGGUUUUCCAUGCCACGCUCUGUACUUGACGGCUCCGUGGACCCGUUGAAUACCAUUCAAGUGGU